AUGGCCAACCAGAUCCACCCCUUCCGCUCGAAACGACUCCUCUACCGCGCCAUCGAACCAAGCGAAGACGAAGACUUCUUCCUGGCCAUCCAACAAGACGCGUUCGGCUACCGAAACAGCAACAUCACAAUCCCCAAGCCCCAAUCCAGAAAAGACGCCCAGCACUUCAUGAAAGUCCUCGUGGAAAACCAACUUCUCGCCGUGGUCAUCUGUCUCCCUCCAGAGAAUCCCGCGAACGAUCAAGAAGAGCCCUCGAAGAAACCUACCCCCAUCGGUGCAAUCCAUCUCUCGUCGAGCAAACCCACCACAGCACAUCACCGUUUCGCGGAUAUUGGCAUCGAUGUGCUGCCGUCGUAUCAGGGGAAGGGGUAUGGGAGUGAGGCGAUCCGCUGGAUUCUGGAGUGGGGGUUUGAGACGGCGGGGUUGCAUCGGGUGGGGAUCAGGUGUUUUGGGUAUAAUGAGGGGGCAAGGAAGUUGUAUAAUCGGCUGGGUUUUAAGGAGGAGAGUGUUGUGAGGGAGUUGCUGUUUCAUCGGGGACGCUGGUGGGAUGAUGUUGGGUUUGGGAUGUUGGAGGGGGAGUGGAGGGGGAUGAAAGAGAAGGAGAUGGUGGGGGGUGCGGAGUAG